CUUAAAGACAGAGUUACCAAAUUAGAACAGAACCAGAUCCAGGUUACUAUUAACGAACAGGAAGCAUCUCCCACAAAAGAUAUUUUGCCAUCCUCAGCUUGUUCAGAAUUAUCUGUAAUUUCUCAAUCAUCCGCUUCAACUAUUGAAACUUACUCCAAUGAAGAAAAUUAUAUAGGCCCUGUGGAUCCAAAUCUGGUAUAA